AUGGAGUUCAAAUUCUCUACGGUGGUAGAGCCUAGCACCUAUGAAACGCAAGGGUUGUGCGAUGGCCUCACCGUGAGAUACCACAAGAACACCGAGCUCGAGGAAAUCGAUUGUCUGAGGUGUCAAGAGCACUGGCGCGAACAGGUCGGACCCCUGGGGCUCUACAAGGGUGGAUUGGGACACCCAUGGAGCGGGAUGAGCAUUGCUAUUCCGGAAGCCCUUCCAGAAAGACUUGGAAUUGUCUCGUACGCGAAUGAGCUUGCGUUUCUACAUGAUGAUGUCACCGAUAUUGCUAAAUACGGCGACGAACAUAACAACGAUCUCAAAGCGGCAUUUGAUCAAGUGAUCAGCACCGGAACUAUAAACCAUGCCGGUUCUGGAAAGCGCGCGUUGCAGGCGUACGUUGCAAAACGGAUGCUGAGCAUUGAUAAAGACCGCGCAAUUACAUCCCUCAAGGCCUGGUCGACCUUCCUCGACAAGGCAGGACGACAGGAGGACUACAGGUUCAACUCUGAAGACGAGUACCUGAAAUACCGGGUUCAUGAUGUCGGGAUGCUUUUCUGGUAUGGCCUGCUCACUUUCGCACAAGCGAUCACCAUUCCUGAAAAUGAACUGGAGAUAUGUCAUCAGCUUGCCACCACUGCAUACCUCCACAUGGCGUUGGUGAACGACCUGGUCUCCUGGGACAAGGAACGCCAGAGCGCCGUCGCCUUAGGAAAAGAUUAUGUGACCAAUUUCAUCUUCGUUGCCAUGGAAGAACAUGGGAUCUCCGAAGAUCAGGCCCAGGAACGAUGUCGUCAGGAAAUUAAAAAGGCGACCAUCAACUACCUGCGAGUCUUCCAGGAGAUCAAAGCUCGCGACGACCUCUCUUCUGAUACCAAACGCUAUCUGGAGUCAGUCCUGUACAGCAUGAGCGGAAACGUGGUUUGGAGCUUCUACAGCCCGAGAUAUUACACCGACGCAUCGUUCAGCGAGCGCCAGCUCGAGUGGAUGAAUAACGGCAUUCCCAAGGCACACAAGCCUGAGGGUGGCGCGUCCGGUUUGGAUCAGAGUGGGGUCAAAGUCCCCGAUCGUACCGUUAAUGGAGAUCAUACGGUCAAAGUAAAUGGUACCGGAGGUCAUGACACUCUCAAUGGAGAUGGCACUGCCAAUGAGAACAACAGCUGGCACGCUUCAGUCCCGGGACGAAAUACCAAUAGACUUACAAAUGGUGGCACAAGCCUUCUGAGCGCUGUUAUCACUCAGCACCUGUCGGGCCGUGAUGGCUUCAGGCUUGGGGAUCAUGACAUCAAAGUUGAAUCAUUCAAACAUGGAGGCCAUGACAUCGAGGUAGAAUCACCGCCCAAAAGACAAGAUCUUGAUGCGAAGGUAGGAGACAUUGCUGCUUCCUCCAGGCAUCCGCAAUUUGCUGAACGGAAAAAUCCAAUCAAACAGGUUCUACAGGCCCCAUACGAAUAUAUCACGGCUCUUCCAUCCAAGGGAAUUCGUGAGCAUGCAAUCGAUGCCUUGAAUGUCUGGUUUCGUGUACCUGCCGAGAAACUAUCCAUCAUCAAAUCCAUUAUAACAAUUCUCCACAAUGCGUCUUUGAUGCUCGAUGACUUGGAAGAUGGAUCGGAGCUUCGACGGGGCAAGUCAUCAACCCAUAUGAUCUUCGGACUCGGUCAGACGGUAAAUUCGGCGAAUUAUCAGCUCAUCCGUGCAUUGCAAGAGGUCCAGAAACUAGAAGAUCCAAAAAGCUUACUCGUAUUUACCGAGGAAUUGCACUACCUCUAUGUGGGCCAGUCCAUGGACCUAUACUGGACCAGUAAUCUUAUCUGUCCUUCUAUCAAUGAGUACUUUCGGAUGGUAGAGCACAAAACCGGCGGUCUCGUCAGGCUCUUCAGUCGCCUCAUGGCACUUCACUCGACGAAUCCCGUCAAAGUCGAUAUAAUUGACUUCUCCAAUCGCCUCGGACGUUACUUUCAGACCCGUGACGACUACCAGAAUCUGGUUUCUGCUGAGGUAUGGGCCCUUCUCCAUGUCUCCUUUCCAACCGAAACCCCUUUCCGUUUGGUGUGCUUGGGAACUGACCACACCGACCAAAAACAGUACACGAAACAAAAGGGCUUUUGCGAAGACCUUGAAGAGGGAAAGUUCUCUCUUCCACUGAUUCAUCUCUUUCAAACCAUUCCAGAUAACUAUGUCUUACGGAAUGUCUGGAUGCAGCGGCGCGUCCGCGGCACCGCUACGCACGCCCAGAAAGAGACGAUUCUGGACUUGAUGAAACGAAACGGAAGCCUGCAGUUUACUGAGGACACCCUGGAGGUCUUGUACGGUCACAUGGAGAAGGGUAUCGGUGAAAUGGAGCGCAAGUUUGGCACUGAGAACUUCCAGUUGAGGUUGAUUCUGGAGCUGUUGCGCAACGGGUAG